AUGAAUAGUCAAAGUAAAAAAACAACAUUAACCAAAAACAAACCCAACCAACUUACUAAUCCCUCAGCAUCCGUUGAAAAAACCUACUUCCAUGCACCUGACGAACUUACAUUUUCAACCAAUGAAUGUCACUCACAUCAAAUCUUACAUAAACACAAUUCCAAAUAGCUCAAAAAAUCACAUCAAAUCAAGAGGAAAACCAGAAAUUUCACACUAAGUGAAGAUCAAAAAAUAUUACACCUUGUUCUAACUCUCGGACCCAAAUUCAAGUAGAUUGCCAAGAAAAUCACUGGAAAAUCUAUCAAUGUAAUCAAAAAUAGAUACUACAGGGAUCUUAGAUAUAGAUGGGAUGAUGUCUUGGGAAAUUAUAGAGAAUAUAUUCAUCUUAAUGUCAAGAAGGAAGAAUCAUACUUCGAUACUCUAGUUGCAAAUUCAUAAAUGCACCAAGACCUAUCCAACAUUUUGAUCCCUAUGUUAUCCUAGAUCCAAACAGUGAUAAAUUAAUUUUUGCAUUGA